ACCCAUCAUCAUGGUUACAAAAUAGCUUUAGCAAUCAUGAAUGGUCUAUAAUCAAAGAUACAUCUCAUUCUCAUUAUAAACAGUUUCAAACCAGUAACUGUCACUUGCUGAAAUCUGAAAACAAACUUUUUACUAGUAAAUGCAUACAUCAUCUUAAAGAUUAUUUAUUAGAAGAUGAAGAAGUAAAUGAAGGAACAUGGGCCUCUGAUGGUAUAAUUACACCUUUGAAGAUUGCAUCUUGUGCAAUACCUGAUAUAAAAUUGUACAGCCCAGAAAAACAAUCUAAAGCAUCAAAAAGAAGAUGCAUCAUUAGCAAAAGUGAUAAUUUAAAUCUUGACAAAGAGAAUUUGAAUUCUCAAAAG